AUGACAUUAGAUUUUCAUCGACAAGUAUUUCAAUCAUGUUUUGAGAAAGAUGGUCUUGUCGUUAUGGCAAAGGGUCUGGGUUUGCAACAUGUUAUACUUGCAUUCCUCAAACUCUACUCUGAUAGCGAUCAUCUGGUACUCUAUCUUGAUCCAAUCAAUGAUUCUCUACAAGAAUCAUAUGUAUUCUACACAGAACAACUAUUGGCAUUCGGUGUAAACUAUCAAAAUCUACCAACAUUAAUCAAUCAAGAACAAUCUGGUACUUCAAAUUAA